CCCUCUAGGGUUUUACUUGAUAUUCAUUUCCCCUUCGUGAUUCCUAAAACCCUAAUCUCCGAUUACUAGGGUUUCUUCAUCCUCGUUCAUCGGACAAAAAUGGCGACUGCGAUGCUUCUCAGAAGGCAAUACUCGCUUACAUCAAGGCGUGUUAUCGCCGCUGUAACAUCUUUAAUCCAUUCUAAUCAAUCAAUCUCAUUUUCAACAGUCAAAAAUUCGCAUUUUCUUGGAAAUAAUAUCGAAUCCAACUCUGUAUUCAAAUCAUGUUUUGAAGAAAUGAGUAAUAUGAAUUAUCGUAUGGAAUUUCGCGCAUCUUUUGCUUCCCAGGCUGCUGGUUUUGCUGUUUCGGAUGAUUCUUAUGAUGAUAAGAGCAAAGGAGAUGAAAGUCUUGAAAUUUCUAAGCUUAAUGUUCAUCAGGAUAUUGUUUCUUGUUUGGCUACUAGAGGAAUCACUAAACUAUUUCCAAUUCAGCAAGCUGUUCUUGAACCUGCAAUGCAAGGCCGUGAUAUGAUUGGCCGUGCGAAAACAGGGACAGGAAAGACCCUUGCUUUUGGGAUUCCAAUUUUGGAUAAAAUUACACGCCAUAAUGCUAAGAAUGGGGCUGGGAGAGAUCCUCUGGCUUUGGUGUUAGCCCCAACCAGAGAACUUGCUCGGCAGGUUGAGAAGGAGUUUUACGAAUCUUCAAAGCUAGACACUUUGUGUGUAUAUGGGGGUACUCCAAUUGGUAGACAAAUGCAAUCACUCAGCCGCGGUGUUGAUGUGAUUGUCGGAACCCCUGGUCGGGUGAUUGAUUUGAUAAAGAGAGGGGCUUUGAAUCUGUCCCAAGUUCAGUUUGUUGUUCUGGACGAGGCUGAUCAGAUGCUUAAUAUCGGAUUUGAGGAGGAUGUGGAGGUUAUAUUAGAGAAACUGCCACAAAAGCGCCAAACUUUGAUGUUCUCUGCUACAAUGCCGCAUUCAAUCAUGAAUCUGACUAGAAAAUACUUGAAAGACCCAUUGAUGAUUGAUCUUGUUGGAGAUUCAGAUCAGAAGCUAGCCGAAGGAAUAGCUUUGCAUUCAGUUCUAGUGGAUCAUCAUUCAAAAGCCGGUGUUAUUGGGCCUCUUGUAACGGAACAUGCAAAUGGAGGGAAAACUAUUGUUUUCACCCAAACCAAACGUGAUGCAGAUAAUUUAGCUUUUGCAUUGGGGAGUAAAAACUACAAAUGUGAACCCUUACAUGGGGAUAUCGCUCAAGGUCAGAGGGAGAGAACGCUUAAACGGUUUAGGGACGGAAACAUCAAUAUCUUGGUUGCCACUGAUGUUGCUGCUCGUGGUCUUGACAUUCCAAAUGUUGAUCUGAUUAUACAUUAUGAACUCCCUACAAAUUCUGAGAAUUUUGUCCAUCGUUCUGGUCGAACUGGACGUGCUGGUAAAAAAGGAACUGCAAUUACCCUUUAUUCAAGUGAUCAAAGAAGAGCCUUGCAGAUUAUUCAGCGUGAUGUCGGAUGUAGAUUCCAUGAGCUUCCUCCAGUUGCUUCUGAUGGUACCUCGAUGCAAAUGGGCAUGGGUGGGAGCAAUAGAUUCGGGAACUCUGGUUUCACUCGUUCAGGAGGAUAUGGGAAUUACAAUUCUGGCGGUUAUGGUGGGGAUUCCUAUUCUAGACGACCUGGUAAUUAUGGCAAUAUGAAUUUUGGAGGAUCGCGAGGUUCUGGAUCUGGUGGUUUUUCAAGAUCAGGUGGUGAAUAUAGUUCAGGUGGAAAUUUUGGUAGGUCCAAUUAUGGCCAAACCCGUGGUGGGGGAUUUGGUGACUUUGGGAGGACAGACAAAUCCGGUGGUUUUGGUAAUUUCGGUGAUGGUCGUUCUACUCAGAGCAGAAAUGCUAAUUCAAAUCGGUUUGGCAGCUUUGGGGACGAUAAAUUUUAAGAAGCCUAAUUACCAAGAAAAAGCAAUUGUUGAGCAGCUUCAUGCGAGGAUUUGGUUAUGGCUUUAUAUGGAAAAUAUACAAACUCGUAAGAAUAGUUGUAAUAUCUGACUAUUUUGCUGAUAUUUUAUAAAAUUAGUUUCAAUAAUUUACGGAUUAUUUGGCCUAUUGUAUAUUGUUUGUGUGCAUCUGACGAAGUAUUAAAGGUAGUCUUCACUAAUGUAUAAGAUACAACUUCUCUUUUUCUUCAUUUUCAUAUUUGUAGUACUGGACUACUAGUUAGGUUGGCGCCUUGGCGGUUUUGGGCUAGCAUUGGUAUUGGAUUCAACAAUGAGUUUGCAUCGGCUGGUUUGAACUUCGUCGAUCAGGCGGUUAGUUGGAUGUAACUUACGUUGUCUUUCUCUUUCAAAUAUUUGCGGUUGGUCACUCACUUGGUCCUUUAGAUCGAUUUUGUUAUUGUUGUAUACAAAUCACAUCUUUUUUACUAGAUCGUGAUUUGGAAUUUGGAUCGGUAUGUUAUUUUAGGCUAAAACGGGUGCGAUUGGUUAUCAAUUAUUAUCUAGCUUGUUAUUUUACGAGUAUUA